UUCUUGAUUCUUUCUUCUUAUUCUCAUGACUUAGUGAACAAAACCAACAUUUUCUUUGGAGCUCCAGAGAUAAUGAAACAAAAGAUAGUCAUCAAGGUGACGACUUGUUGCGAUAAAUGCCGAAGCAAGGCCUUGAAGACAGCCGCUACUGUAGCUGGUGUGAAUUCGGUGGCAUUAGAAGGAGAUGACAAAGAAAAGUUGGUGGUGAUAGGAGAAAGGGUGGAUGCAGCCUGCUUGACCAAGGCCCUUCGGAAGAAGGUGAAUUUUGCAAUCUUAGAAAGCGUAGAAGAGGUGAAGCCCCAAGAGGAAAAGAAUGAUGAUAACAAACCAACUCCACCUUGUUGGGUAGAAAGACCUCGUUGUGAAUUGGUUAGUGUGGUUUAUGAUACAAAUCCAGAAACUUGCACCAUUGUGUAA